AUGUUGAUGUCAAAUCAAGGGAAGAAGCCCGCGAUGUCGUCACCUGGCGCUGACGAUGUGUGUCCGAUUUGCUUGUGUCCAAUUGAGGAGGAGUUCUCACGACCAGAAAAUUGCAAGCAUCGUUUCGACUUGGAUUGCUUAACUGAGUGGGCAAAGUUACGGCUGAGCUGUCCAUCAUGCCGUGCCAAUUUCGGAGCAAUCUACACCUACAAAAUAUUGGAAGGCAAACCAACGCUGCACAAAGUGCAAAAAAUGGAACAACCAACACAGGUUGAGCCAUUCGAUGAGGCAAAUCCCCUUGAUUUCACUGUAUGCGAAAUUUGUUCCGGUGGAAUGCACGAAGAGCUUUUACUAAUUUGCGACCAGUGCGAUAGAGGAUUUCACACCUACUGCCUUAACCCUCCUCUGGAUGCGGUUCCCACCUCUGAACAAUGGUUCUGUCCUCAGUGUGAAGAAUCUCGAAUGAACCAGCCAUCCACAAGUCGAAGAACCAGCCAUCCACAAGUCGAAGAAGUGAGCCAUCAGCAAGAGCUAUUCGCCUUGUACAGCGAACCGCUCUUGCAGAGCGAGUCCGUCGAAUGCUGGCUCGCAACCGCCGAGUGUAAGUGCUUUGAUUCCUUAGUCGGUCUUGGAAGU